CCCCGGGGCACUGUGGCGUCUACCAGAUACCCGGGAAAAUUUAAAUUUAUAAUAAGUUUGUUUGAAAAGAAGUAAAUAACUAAAUAAAAAAGUGUGAAUUAUUAAGUAUAUUAAUUAAAAUGAAAUGCAAUGUGGCCGGAAACCGAAGGACGUCACGUUCACCCAGAAAGAUGUCUACAUCAACCACCAAGAUUGGAUUGCUUGCAUUGGAUCAGGAUAAUGGAUCCCGUUGAAAACGUAGACCCGGAAGAGGACGGUGACAAUAUUGUCUAUGAAGAUCAAAUCUUCAUCUGCUACUAUCGAAAUGCAAUAGUAAAAAAAUACCGGUGCACAUUCAGAGAUUCUCAUAAUUGUCCCGCACGUUUGUGGAUCUGGAACGAUACGCGCAUUACCCCAAUGGGGAAUCAUGUCGGGCAUGAUGCCGUGCUAAACUUACUUGACAAUGAAAGUCCAGAAAGAGAAGGACCGAGUGGCUCACAAGGACCAAGUGGUUCACAAGGACCAAGUGGUUCACAAGGACCAAGUGGUUCACAAGGACCAAGUGGCUCACAAAGACAAAACGUCCGAGAGAGAGAACCAUUGAUACCGUCAAACUUCAUGGCUCGAAAUGCUGAUCUUUCUCUAAUAACAGCUGGAGUAAGACGAACACGUGGUGGUAAACCUCAAGUUCCAAGAAACCUCUCAGAAAUGGCGGCAAUGCUGAACAAUUACCGCCCUACUAAUGCAAUUUAUCAAGGGAGCAUUAACGGAAUAGAUAAUUCCUCAGCAUAUCUUUUUGCAAACAACGAAAUGCUACGGGAGUUGAACAGGGAAAAUGUCAUUUAUCUUGAUACAUCUGAUGAAUUAGCUCCAAGAGCUCCGCGGAUGCUAAACCACUUACUGAUGGUACUGAUUCGUCGUGAAAACUCCACUAUUCCGGUAAUAUUAUGCCUGUGCACCCAUCGCUCCACCGAACUAUACCGUGCGAUUUUUGACUUCAUAAAAAAUCGUGUGCCUCAGUUAUGUGAUAAUCUUCGGCUUGUCGUGCCCAGUUUGGAAUGUUCUCUGGUAAGCUCUGUAAGAGAGAGCUUUCCGUUUUGCCACAUAAGACCGACGUGGAUGCAAGUGAUGAGGAACUUUACGCGUUAUUGGUGCUUUAACCAGCUACCCUUUCGUUUAAACGACCAAGUCCUCCGGCAAUCCUGGGCACUACCCUUGGUACCCAUCAGAUUCCGACACGAAGCGGUUGAUCUCAUCACUGAAACUGCAUCACUAAUCGAAGAGGAUUACCCGAACAUUUCCAUCUAUCUCCGCCAUGUUAUCCGUAUGGAUGAAUUUCUCCGGCAAAGUGGACCGAUCCGACUAACCAACGUUACCGAAGAAUAUACCCAUCGUCUACUGCGGCAAUGUGUCAAAGAUCGACCAUCGUUUUUUAUUUUAUUGUCGUGUAUUAGUCGUACGCUCAACAGUGGCCUGCAGGAAAUUCAUCGACUGCAAGCUAAUCAACACCCAGUUGCUGACGAUUUCACCAACAAUCGCAUUGAAGCGUUGCAGCGAAAUCUGCAACGCUCCAGAAUUUCAGUUGACGAAUUUCUCGGAAGUGCCAUUGAUAUUUACCAAUUGGAGCUGGUUACGUUGGCUGUAGCAAGUGAAACUCGGUCCAAUAUAACCGUUUCCCGUGUAAGUGAUUUGUUAGAUCCAGUCCAAGGUAUUAAUCGCGUUGGUGUCAUUAGACCAACAAAUCAAGUUUUACGGAGAUCUAUUGGGGCCUUGAUGGCUGACAACGAAUCGUCUGAACCCGUGGCGGGACCAUCGCGAAGCAACAGUAGCGAGACAUUACUUGUCCGAUCGAAUGAAGGCGCAGGAAGUGAAUCAUCUGGUGUCAACGUGUCUGCAGAGCCAGGUACUGGUGGCCGUUGUUGCUAUUGUUAUUGCAACCCAGCUAUUGCUGCAUUCAAUAACUGUGGGCACCGUUGCGUGUGUCAGCAGUGCUUAGACACCAUUUUCUCGUCCGAUUCAAAUGAAUCUCUUCAGUGUCCGGUGUGUCGAGAGUACUCGAGCCGCGUCAUAAAAAUUUUCGACGUUUAAAGUAUCUGUUUGCAAUAUAUUUAUUUUAUUUAUAUUAAAAUAUGUUUGUGUUAAAUUUUUUAAAAAUAUUUUUUUAAUAUAAAAUAUAAAUGUUAAGUAAGAAUUAGGUUUCAACAUUGCAAACUUAAACCUUCAAGAUCCAAUAAGAGAUUUAAAUGAAGGUGGUACGAGUAGACUGGGCCAAAAAAAUUGACUAUUUUUUUUUGUCAUUCUGAAUAAUAUUCUCGAUAUAGCUUAGAAAAAAAAAAUAGUAAAUUUUUUUGGCCCAGUCUAGUGUCGAGAGUACUCGAGCCGCGUCAUAAAAAUUUUCGACGUUUAAAGUAUCUGUUUGCAACAUUUUUAUUUUAUUUAUGUUAAAAUAUGUUUGUGUAAAAGUUUAAAAAAAUAUUUUAUUAACAUAAAAUAUAAAUGUUAAGUAAGAAUUACGUUUCAACAUUGAAAACUUAAACCUUCAAGAUCCAAUAAGAGAUUUAAAUGAAGGUGUGUCGAGUAGACUGGGCCAAAAAAAAUGACUAUUUUUUUUUGUCAUUCUGAAUAAUAUUCUCUAUAUAGCUUAGAGAAAAAAAUAGUCAAUUUUUUUGGCCCAGUCUAGUGUCGAGAGUACUCGAGCCGUGUCAUAAAGAUUUUCGACGUUUAAAGUAUCUGUUGGCAACAUUUUUGUUUUAUCAAUUUUUGUUUUUUAAUAUUUGCACUGUCGCAAAUUUUACAAUUACUAUCGAUUUACCAUAUCGUAGAUAAAAAAAAAAUAAAAUGAUAAAUACGUAAAAGCAAAAAUGUAAAUAAAUAAAAAGAAAAUAAUUUUAAAAAAAAAUUUAUCAAAAAUUAGAUUAAGUCUAAGAUAAUAAAUGACGCUAGCAAUACGGGGUUUUUAUUAAUCAUUUUUGUAAUAGCUGGGGUUUAUAUUAAAAUAUGUUCAUGUAAAAGUUUAGGCUAACGUUUUUGAAUAUUUUUCAAUAACCAAAAGUUUUAAAAAAUAUUUUUUUAAUAUAAAAUAUAAACGUUAAGUAAGAAUAUAUGAAAUUAAGGAGAUUCUCAUACAUUGUGCCCCUCACUUCUUAAAAAUAUGAAAUGACUUUCAACCGGCAUUAUCGAAUUAAAAUUUAAUUAAUAUUUUUCAAAAAAAUUGAAAUCGUAAUUGAACAAAGGACAACUUAGUAGCGAUUUCGUCGAGAUAUUGAUUUAACUAAAAAAGAAAUUACUUACAGUUGUUAUCAAUUAGGAGUUCUACAAAACUCGUUGACUCAAUUUUUAUGUAAAAAACUUUCAAAUUCGAAUUGUAAAAUCGACAUGAAGAUUUUACUUAAAUUUAUUUCACGAAUUAUGUUCAAGUGCCGAUUGAUAUCAACUGUAAGUUAUUUUUUUUUAAUCUAUAUCUCAGCGACAUUACAACUACGUUGCCCUUUUUUGAUUUAAUGCUUUAAUUUUUUUUAAUUAAUUAAUAAAAUUUUUAUAUGUUGAUGACAGUUGAGUAAUUACAAAUUUGUAAGAAGUGAGGGGCAAUGUCUGAGAUUGACCUUAAAUCCUGCCGAAAAUUUUGUUAUUUUUUAAUUUAAAUACAAAUACUCAAAUUUCUAAAAUGUCUUAAAUUUGUAAGUUUAAUGCAACAAAUUCUUCUGGAAUUUGUUAGUUUCUAGUUUUUUAAUAUCAAAUGAAAAUUUUUUUUUUUAAUUCCUGUUAAAAAACGUAUGUAAUUUGACUGAUCAGGGUGACCUAAGGAGUAGUUGAGGGUGACCUGUAUCACAUGAUUAUAUUCUUAUUUUUAAAUUUUGGGAUGGUUAUAAAAAUUUGUUUACAUAAAUGUACAAGAAAAAAUAAAAUGAUAUUAAAAUAUGAAAAAAAAUUCUGUUAUUUUUUAAUUAAAAAAAAAAUUCGUCAAAUUUCUGUAAUGUCUUAAGUUUAUAAGUUCAAAACAACGAAUUCUUUUGGAAUUUUUUAGAUUCUAGUAUUUUAAGGCCAUUCUCAGACAGUGCCCCCACUUUUUAAAAAUUUUUAAUGACUUUCAACUGUUGUAAGCGUAUCAAAUUUUUAUCAAUUAAUUAAAAAAAAAUUAAAGCAUUAAAUGAAAAAAGGGCAACGUAGUUGUAAUGUCGCUGAGAUAUAGAUUUAAUAAAAAAUUAUUUACACUUGAUAUCAAUUAGGAGUUAAACAAAAUUCGUUAAAUAAAUUUUCGUAAAAUCGUCCUGUCAAUUUUAUAAUUCGAAUUUUUAAAUUUUGUUGGCUAAAAUUUAUUCAACAAUUUUCGUUUAACUCCCAAUUGAUAUCAAUUGUAAGUAAUUUUUUCUAAAUUCUAUAUCGCAACGAAAUUACGACUACGACUACGUUGUCCUUUUUUCAAUUAAAAUUAAAAUUUUUUUUUAAUUGAUUAAUAAAAUUUUAAUACGGUUAUGACAGUUGAAAGUCAUUGCAUAUUUUUAAAAAGUGUGGGGCACUGCCAGAGAAUGCCCUUAAUAUCUAUUGUCUUUUUUUUUUUUAUUUUUCGUAAAAAAUUAAAAAAAUUUUUUCUUUAAACGAUUUAUUCAUUAACUUAAUGAUGAAUAAAUAAGUAAUUAAUAAAUGACGAUAUGCACACGUGAAAAAUGUUCAUUACAAUACUACAUUUCUGUAAAUCAACAUAUGUA